AUGGCACUAUUCAACCUAAUCCAGUCAGCCCUCGGCCUCCUACAGCGCCAUCCCGCGCUGGCCACCGUGGUAAUCCUAAUCACUUACGUCUCCCAACUCGCCGUGCGUCGAUUGUACCUCAGCCCCAUAUCCCACAUCCCCGGCCCGAAGCUGGCGGCGCUGACCUGGGCAUACGAGUUCUACUACGACAUCAUCCUGGGGGGGCAGUACACCUUCAACAUCAUCGACCUGCACCGGGAAUACGGUCCCAUCAUCCGGAUCAACCCGUACGAGAUCCACGUCGCCGACCCGGACUUCUUCUCGGAGGUCUAUCCGGGACCCACCCGGCCCCGGGAUAAAUGGUCGUUCUUCACGUCUCAGUUCGGAGCGCCCGACUCGACUGUCGCAACCGUUGACCACAACCUCCACCGCGUCCGCCGGGCCGCCAUGAACCCCUUCUUCUCCAUGAGCGCCGUCCGCAAACUGCAGCCUGUGAUCGAGGAGAGAGUCGACGCCCUACUGGAGCGUUUCAAGCAGCACAGCCGCAGUUCCGACGAACCGCUGGACCUGAUGUACCCCUAUUCGGCAUACACGAACGAUGUCAUCUGCGAGUACGCCUUCUCCCGCUGCAACAAACUCGUCGAGGACCCCAACUACGGCCGCGACACGACCGACAGCCUCCUGGACGGCACGCGCAUGGGCAACACGAUCAAGCACAUGCCGUGGCUCCUAGCUCUCGCAAACCAGCUCCCAGAGUCCCUCACAGGGCGCUACAUCCCCGGCUGGAACGAGUUCCUCAAACUCAAGGCCUCCAUCCUGGACCAGACCCUCGACAUCCAAUCCGGCACCACCUCUUCGAAGCGGACGAACCUGGAAGAUAGUAGGGUGCCGCAGCACCCCACCAUCUUCCACGAGAUGCUCUCAUCGCGCCUCCUCCCGCCCGCCGAGAAGACACCGCAGCGCAUAGCCCAGGAGGGCCAGAUCCUAGUGCAGGCGGGCACCAUGACGACUUCGUGGGCGCUGACCGUCGGUACCUUCCACCUGCUCAACAACCCAUCCUCCCUAAAACUUUUACGCGACGAGCUGUUCGCCGCAUUACCAGACCCCUCCACCCCCACACCGUUCGGCGAACUAAUGGCCCUCCCCUACCUCCGCGCCGUAGUAACCGAGUCCAUCCGUCUCAGCGUCGGCGCCAGCAGCCGGCUCGCGCGCAUUUCGCCGACCGAGACGCUGGAAUUCCACGACAAGUCGCGUGGUAGGACGUGGCGCAUUCCGCCUGGGACGCCGGUGGGGAUGACUUGGUACCAGACGCUGUGCGACCCGGCUGUCUUCGCAAAACCCCUGGCGUUCCGCCCCGAGCGGUGGCUCGACGAUAAUCAUGAUGAUGAGGGUAAGGGUAAGCACAACGACCGCUACAUGGUCGCCUUCGGCGGCGGCACGCGCGUCUGCCUGGGCAUGAACGUCGCGCAAGCGGAGCUGCACCUCAUGCUCGCGAAGCUGUUCCGGCGGUGGGGAGGCGGACCGGCGUGCGGUAAUGACAAUAACGCCUCGGAAGCGGAUGGGGAUGAGAAGAAGAGCACCUGCAAAGGCGAUCGGCGGCCGGGGGAUCUGGGGUUCAUACGCGUGCAUCACGAGACCACGGCGCGGGACUGCCAGAUGGCGGCGGAUUACUUCACGCCGAUUCCGUGGAAGGGGUCAAAGGGCGUUAGGGUCGUGUUUGAGGCUGCGUGA